UAAUGGAGUGCGGCACUAACCGCCGGUGAAAGUUGUCAAAGUUGAUUUGAUUAGAGUGGACUGUACUGUGUAUUGUUGGAUCUUGAAUAGAAAGAUAUUUGUGUGUUCGUGUACUUUAGUUAAUUUUAUUUAAUUUAAAAAUAUCAUGUUAAUAUCUGAUUAAUACAAGAAUACGUUAAUGCUUUAUAGUGUGUUAGUUCAUAGAAAGCAAUCUUCCUGAGUGAAGAUGGCACUGAAAAUGGAACAAAAAAAUGAUCUUGAUUUUAUACUCAAGAGUUUAUUAGCUGGAGGUAUUGCUGGCAUGUGUGCUAAAACAACAGUAGCUCCUCUAGACCGGAUCAAGAUCCUUCUGCAAGCACAGUCAGUCCACUAUAAACAUCACGGCGUAGUCGGUGGCCUAACUGCCAUAGUACGGAAUGAGUCUCUCCUUGCAUUGUACAAAGGGAAUGGUGCUCAAAUGGUUCGGAUAUUUCCUUACGCCGCUACACAAUUCACCAGCUUUGAAAUUUAUAAAAAGUAUUUAAACGGAGUGCAUAUACCGGUCGUGCAACACGGCGAUAAGUUCGUAGCGGGCGCGGCGGCCGGCCUCACCGCUGUCACGCUGACCUACCCCCUGGACACGAUCCGCGCUCGUCUUGCCUUCCAGAUCACUGGCGAGCACAAGUAUACAGGGAUCGUGCACGCCGCAUCCACCAUGUUCAAAACGGAAGGCGGCAUCCGCGCCCUCUACCGUGGUUUCGUGCCAACCAUGGUGGGAAUGGUCCCGUACGCCGGAUUUAGUUUCUACUGCUUCGAAUCCCUCAAGUUCCUCUGCAUGAAAUACGUACCGAAUACGUUAUGUCGGAAAUGCGAAAGGAAUACUGGUGGGCUAGUACUGACGGUGCCAGCUAAGCUCCUCUGCGGCGGGCUGGCGGGCGCGGUGGCGCAGUCCGUGUCCUAUCCGUUGGACGUGACGCGCCGGCGCAUGCAGCUCGCUUGCAUGACCCCACAGACGGAGAAGUUUGGCGCUGGCAUGAUCAAGACUCUAACCCUCAUAUACCGAGAGAACGGUAUAGUGAAAGGGUUGUACCGCGGGAUGAGUAUAAACUACAUCAGGGCAAUACCGAUGGUUGCCACGUCAUUCUCCACCUACGAGCUCAUGAAGCAACUACUCCAGUUAGACACCGGCAUGAAAGUCUCGUAAUAUCAAGCGAAAUUUUUUUUUUUUUUAUUUCAUUUAUGGUAAACAAUCAUAAUAUAUUUUUAAUGAAAUUAGACAUUCAAAAAUAAUGUAGACAAACAAAAAUGUUCUUAUCGUAUUUUUUUUUAUCAUAACGAGUUAUACCGAAUCUGUUUACUAAAAAAAUUCUGCCUACCCUGCCUGGGAGACAGGCGUGACAGAUAUGUAUGUAUGUAUGUAAAAAUUAAUUAAUCUAAUGCGGACUUUAGACUAGCAAUUGCUGCAUAACAAUCAAUUUGAUUUCUAAUUAUUGCAUUAUAUACAAUAUAAUGAAAUAUAAAUUACAAUUUUGUUAUAUUAUAAAAGAAAUAUAUAUAAUAAUACUAGUAUAAACAUUUGCUCCCAUCCUUGUCUAAGUAUAAAGGAGUAAAAGGGACAAUUUAAACAUAUACUUAAAAUUAAUGACUAUACAGUAGAGUAGACAGAAUCAAUAUAAAAAAAAAACACUAAGAAAUCCAGCAGUCGAUGAAUUAUACCAUCGAUAAUUUCAACAAUACAAAAUCCAAUUAAAUCAGAUAUACGUAUUAUGAUAAUGCUCGUGAAAUAAUAUUUUUUAUAAAUAAUCGAAUGAUAAAACAAACAUGUAAGAAAUAAAGCAAAUUUUAAGUAAAUAAUCAAUACUAUUAAAUUUUAAAAGUACAGUCACAUAGUUAGCAAUGUUUAAGAGGCUAUGGUAAUAAUUUACCGUCAGGCAGAUCGUAUGCUUGUUUACAACCUUUCCCACCUUUGUGACAUAAAAAAACUAUAGUUAUAAAAUAUGAGGUUAUUAUAUUAGCACAUUUUAGUGCAAUUUUAAAUAAUAUAUUGGACGGAAUAAAUGGUUUCCAAUGGACAUUUUAAUUAAUUACUAUUAAUUUCUACCUAAACCACAUUUUUUAUAUUUAGCAUGUUGUUAUUGGCAAGUAUUUUAAUGAAAUUAGUAAUUAAAAAUGUGGCAAUAACACAUAUAUAU